CUCGAGAGGAGGUCUAGCACGAGCAGGGUUGCCGGACAAGAAGAACCAAUCUCCUCUCAGCUGUGCUACCUCUCCGUCUCUUGUUCCGUUCCCCCUUCCCCCAUUGCUCGCCGAGCCUGCAUACGUGCGGGUCACGUCCUGUCGUCUCUGCAUGUGUGUGAGAUAGGGGCAGAACUUCCUCCCCCCUUCUCGCUGUGAUAACUCCCUUGCUUCUUCCUUUUCGUCGUUCUCAUCGUAGCCUUUUUUUUUGUGAGACGGUAUGUGUUCCCGGCUGUGAAAAAGGCAGUCACUGUCGUCAUGCCACCGUUUGCCAGUCCGAAUGGAAGUGCGGCCACGCCGUUCCUCAUCAACAGUCACAGCAGCAGCCCACAUUUCAGCGAUUGCAAAGGGAAGAUCAAAUGUGUGCUUGUCGGGGAUGGAGCCGUAGGAAAGACAUCUCUCAUUGUCAGCUACACCACCAACGGUUAUCCUACUGAGUAUCAACCAACUGCGUAUGAUAAUUAUAACGUGGUGGUGAACGUGGACAACCAGCCCAUACGUCUUCAGCUCUGUGAUACUGCUGGACAGGACGAUUUCGACAGUCUGCGGCCGUUGUGCUACCCGGACACCGACGUAUUUCUCGUCUGCUUCAGUGUCGUAUCCCCGACGUCAUUUCACAACGUGACGGAGAAGUGGUUGCCGGAACUCCGUCGCCAUUGUCCUUCGACUCCGUUUGUGUUGGUCGGGACCCAGUGUGACCUGCGGAGCGAUGUGAAGGUCCUCAUCGACCUUGCCCGGUUCCGCGAACAGCCCGUGAGCGAAGCGGAGGCGAGGCGACUCGCUCAGAAGGUGGGCGCCUACGCUUACAUCGAGAGCUCGGCCCUCACCGAACGGAAUCUGAAGGAGGUCUUCGACACUUCCAUAUUGUGUGCCCUAAAACACAACCAGGAACUGAACCGAUUGACUCUCAGCAAAACCAGGGGCAAGAAGUGGCUCCUGUUCAACGACAAAAGCAAGGUGGGGGACGGGUAUGCUCCAUGUCCUCCGUUUCCAACCCGGGGGAAAAAGAGAAGGGCUUGGUGGAAGAAGCUCUUCUGUGCCUUCUCCUGAGAACGAAAUCCCGGCAUCUUCCUCAUCUGUGUACAUUCACCCCUUCCCACAUCCUCCAUUUUCUCCUCGUUCUGGAUUACCUACGAAGAAGGAGAAAGCGUAUAUUGAAUGAGUUUCAUCCUUGGCUAGCCCGCGAUAUUGCCCGGGUAUUUGCGACUAUCUGUGAUCAUUGACUUGAAAGAAACCAGGAAACUCUGAAUCGAUGGAAAGAUGUCUGCUUCGCCUGUUGUUGCAUGUCGUGGCCCUGAUUGACGUAAUAAAAACCCAUUCGUGGCACUUUGGGAACAGA